CACUUAGCAGUACCUAGCACUUGUCACUUGUCAACUUUUCAAAACUAAUUAAUUUUUUAAAAAGUAAAAAAAAUAUCACCAAUAAUGUUUCGAUUCUCCAAAAUUAUUGCGCCCAAUCUUAUAAAAGGUUUACAGCUUAAACCAUUGCAGAAUGAAAAUGCAUUUCUCGUGUUUCUACAAGGAAAGAAAUUUUUAUCAGAUUCCGCAAACGAAAGAUUUGCUUUAAAACAUGAAGAAAUCGGUCGACCACUUUAUUUCGACGCACAAGCAACAACUCCUAUGGAUCCAAGGGUCCUUGAUGCGAUGUUACCAUAUCUAGUCAGCCUCCAUGGCAAUCCACAUUCUAGAACACAUGCCUAUGGUUGGGAGAGUGAAGCAGGAGUUGAAAAAGCUAGAGAACAAGUUGCGAGUUUGAUUGGCGCUGACCCCAAGGAAAUCGUAUUUACAUCUGGAGCCACAGAAUCAAAUAACAUUUCUGUCAAAGGGGUUGCUCAUUUCUAUGCGCCAAGAAAGAAGCAUAUUGUGACCACGCAAAUUGAACACAAGUGUGUACUGGAUUCUUGUCGCGCUUUAGAAGGAGAAGGUUUCAAAAUAACAUAUUUGCCUGUAGGCCCAAAUGGAAUUAUCAAUAUGAAAGAUCUGGAAAAUGCUCUCACACCUGAAACAAGCUUAGUGUCUAUUAUGACUGUCAAUAAUGAGAUAGGAGUAAUGCAACCGAUUAGUGAAAUUGGAGCUUUAUGCAAAAGCAAAAAGAUAUUUUUCCAUACUGAUGCAGCACAGGCAGUUGGCAAAGUACCAUUAGAUGUAAAUAGCAUGAAUAUUGACCUUAUGUCAAUUUCUGGUCAUAAAGUCUAUGGACCAAAAGGAGUUGGAGCUCUAUUUAUCAGGCGUCGUCCAAGAGUUCGUGUUGAGCCAAUCCAAAGCGGUGGUGGCCAAGAAAGGGGUAUGAGGAGUGGAACAGUACCUACACCUUUAGUUGUUGGAUUAGGUGCAGCCUGUGAGUUAGCACAGCAUGAAAUGGCUUAUGAUCAUGCUUGGAUGGAGACUUUAGCCCAAAGAUUCUUAGAUAAAAUUUACUCUAAACUAUCACAUGUCAUUAGAAAUGGAGAUCCAAAGCAGACUUAUCCGGGAUGCAUCAAUUUAUCAUUUGCAUAUGUUGAAGGUGAAUCAUUGCUAAUGGCAUUGAAAGAUGUGGCUCUAUCAAGUGGUUCUGCUUGCACAUCAGCGUCUCUCGAACCGUCAUAUGUUUUAAGAGCUAUCGGUGCAGAUGAAGAUUUAGCACACAGUUCUAUAAGAUUUGGACUAGGAAGGUUCACGACGAUUGAAGAAGUAGAUUACACAGCUGAAAAAACAAUAAGACAUGUAGAAAGGCUGAGAGAAAUGAGUCCUCUCUGGGAGAUGGUACAAGAGGGAGUCGACUUAAAAAACAUUCAAUGGUCUCAGCACUAAAUAACCAUUAUUAACCACGAAAUUUAUUAUAAAAAUAUGUAGAAAAAGAUCUGGCUAUAAAAAUAAAAUGUUAGGAAUAAUUAUCAAAAAUCAUAUUGAAGCACUGCUUCAAAAUUCGUUUAUAACUCAAAUGUUAUUUUGUUAAAUUUAAUUUUAUGAUGUCCCGUAUGUUAAUAUAUUUCUUUCAAUAUUUGUAUGCUCAAAUUAAUUUCGAUUUUCAAUAUAUGUAGAGAUCAAACGAACGAAUACAUUUUAUAGCUAGUCAAUAAGAUUAUUACAGAUUGUAUGUUAAAAAAUAUAUUCAUUCUUCAAAAAAUUUUGUUAUAUUACAAAAAUGUAUAUUUUAUUUUCUGCUGAAAUAUAUAAUAAAAGUGAUAAAUCAAUCUAUAAAUAGAUAAAACGCGUUAAGAGAUGUUAUAGAUUUAGAUUGUUAUCUUAACUUUUAAAUAAAUAAGAUAAAAAAGACAAAUGAUACAAUCUUACGAAUACUUUAUGCCCAUAAAAAUGUUGCACGCUACUGUAAACUAGACGUUUCAAUAUUCACAAGGGUAUGAAAAUGUUUAAUAUUAGUGAUAAAAUAAAGACGUUGAAAACAGA